CAUCUACGCACCUACACAUUAAGGCUGAAGCCAUUUUUCCCUGUUACUUUUAUAACUUGUGUAGUCUUGCCUAACUUGUGCUAUUACAACAUCAACUCGUGACAUGUCAUGAUUAAUAUCAGGUAAUCACUCUUGUUGCUUCGUUACCAUUUUGAGAAAGCUUUACUUCUCUGCCAACCUUUGUACCCAUACAAACCAACUGUGAAUUGUGAUGAGUUAUGUUAGUGUGAUAGAAUAUGUCUACACAAAGCUAGUGCGGUAUCUCUAGUCUCUUACAAGAAGAACUGUAUAAAAGGGUGACUGGCUUGUAGAGAAGGACACCCACCAUCACUCACUCUUCUCGCUAAAAGAUAUGACAUACAUUCCCAGUUCCUUUUGCUUCCUCGCACAUACGGGUAUGAGCAUUUUAAUGAGUUUUGGUGUCCCUUAUGGUGUUUUAGUGCAUUCGUUUCUCUAAUAUAGGGUGCUAGAGAAUAGAUGUUCUGCUUGAUCUCCACUUUGUAUUUGGAAAUAUUUUCUGUAUCUAUAUGGGCAGGGCACAUGCAGACGUUUUUCAAAAUAAACAAAUCUUGAUGGAUUACAUCUCUUUUAGUUACAGAAUCUCAACACACAGCCAUACUGCAUCGUCAUGAGGCACACAUCCUGCUUUUUUAUGAAAGGGGAUAGCCCCAGCCUCUGCAUCAUCCUGAUGCACACAGCCAUACUUGCCAGUUUGCACUGCCUUGCUUCUAAAGAGAGUUCCAUAAUAUAAGCUUUUCUGAUUUCCUUGAUCUUUGCUGACACAUGGUGAGCUUGAUUCGCAGAAUGAUGUCCAACGGCAAGCCGACAGAAAACAGUGACUCUUCUUACAUGUCGGGCAUACCGACCUGCUGCCUUCUCAGGGCAAUGCAGCCGACAAGGAGUUUACUUCGCUGGACCGAUGAUCUCCAUAUGAUCUUCGUUGAAGCUGUAGAGUAUCAAGGAGGCCCUCAUGAGGCGAAGCCAACUGCGGUGAAGCAGAGAAUGGAAGCUAUGGGAGUCGCAGGCCUGACAAUCUGGAACAUAAAAAGCCACCUCCAAAGAUACAGGGAGAAGUGCGGCUUAGGAGCUGAACCUCCUCGGGAUGUCCUAGGCAGUGCAUCACCAAGCAAGGAAGUAGAUAAUGUGACAUCUGAACCGGAGACGGUGGUGGACAGUGACACAGCAAUGAAUCUGACUGAAUUGGAGAUGGCGAAGCAUUUGCUUAUGGAUGACACGGAGAUGGUGAAUAACGCUUUUUCUGCGGAUGAGUUGCAGAUGAUGGAGAAGGAACUGAUGAAUGCGAUCCAGGCAUGAAUGGCAGAAUGGAUUGUUCUCGGAAAACCUAUUAACCACCCUGUUCACUGUAAGGCGUGCCGAACCGGUUCAUAUACAACGUUUCCGAUAAAAAUGUUUCCCUCCGUGUAUAUAUAGCUGAUAAAAGCGAUUACCCGUUUCAGCAGCAUGGUUAACUUUGGCCUGUAUCUAUGUACUCACUAAAUUGGUUUCAACUUGGUUGGGAUGGGGUGCGCCGCCCCCCGUGAAAAAUAAAUAUAACAUCGUUGUGGGCACAUGUCCCGCAUCCAUGUAUCAGAUAUUAAAGUGAUAAGAACAGA